AUGGCCUUGAGGAGACUUGGGGGCUUCAGGAACCUGUUCCUGGCAGUGGCCUUUACCAUGGGCAACAAGCAGACAGUCUUCACUCAUGAGCAGCUGGAAGCAUAUCAGCUUGCUUCCCCCACUCUGCUCUCCCCAGGCUCUGGGCUGUCUCUUUAUGUUAACCUUGCCCCCAAAGAGAUAGGGGUGCCUGUGUGUGGCUCUGUGUACCUGAAGGUUGGGCCCAGGGCCGAUAGCUCCCAGGGACCUAACAUCUUUCAGCUCUUCUAUCGCUACCAGGACCUGGCCCCCCAGCUCGUCCCCCUUGACUAUACCAGCUCCCCUGAUGUGAAGGUGCCCUACGAGCUCAUCAGCAGGAUGCCUGAGCUGAAGGACAACCCAUUUCGCCAGAGGAUCGCCCAGGUCUUCUCUGAAGAUGGGGACGGCCACAUGACCUUGGACAACUUCCUGGACAUGUUUUCUGUGAUGAGUGAAAUGGCUCCUCGUGACCUCAAAGCCUACUAUGCUUUUAAAAUCUAUGACUUUAACAAUGAUGACUACAUCUGUAUGUGGGACCUGGAGCAGACGGUGACCAAGCUGACGCGAGGGGAGCUAAGCGCCGAGGAGGUGAGCCUGGUAUGCGAGAAGGUGCUGGAUGAGGCUGAUGGGGACCAUGACGGGCGGCUGUCCCUGGAAGACUUCCAGAACAUGAUCCUGCGGGCACCCGACUUCCUCAGCACCUUCCACAUCCGCAUCUGAGGAUAAUGUGGACGAGGAGCUGGGCCAGAGGAGGGCAGGGUGACCCCUCACCCCACCAAGGAAUCCGGGCUCUGGGAAUAAACACUGAGUCAC